AUGCCCAUUACUGUGGAUGAGAAUGUGAGGUUGGUGAAUGGUGACAGUCCUUGUGCUGGUAGAGUGGAGGUUCUUCAUGAUGGUCAGUGGGGAACAGUGUGUCAAGAUAAAUGGGAUAUGACAGAUGCUGCAGUGGUGUGUAGAGAGGUGGGCUGUGGAGAUGUUGUGCAGGUGCCAUAUUUUUCUCACUUUGGAGAAGGAUCAGGACCAAUCUGGAUGGAUGAAGUAAAUUGCAGUGGAUCAGAGCCCACGCUAAAGAACUGCAGUUCAAAUGAAUGGGGAACUAGUGACUGCGAUCAUGAAGAAGAUGCUGGAGUUGUGUGUUCAGAAAUCAUAAACUACGGAAGGUUUUCAAGACUUGCUGAUGGACCUCAUCUGUGUUCUGGAAGAGUUGAGUUGCUUCGUGGAAAUACCUGGAUGUCAGUGUGUGAUGCUGCGUUUGAUGAUCAGGAUGCAGAGGUUGUGUGUAGAGAGCUGAACUGUGGGGUUCCUGUACAGCUGCUGGGAGCAGAUGCUUUUGGUGAAGGAGAGGGACACGUGUGGACACAAGACAUUCAAUGUAGAGGAAACGAAUCUCACAUUCGAUCGUGUUCAUCAUCAAAUUCAACUAAUGCAAGUUGCUCCCAUGACAAUGAUGUGGGACUGUCAUGUUCUGGUUUUUCUGACCUCAGACUGGUGAACGGCUCUGAUAUCUGUUCUGGUCGAGUUGAGCGUCAGUAUUUCAGUAAAUGGGGCACAGUGUAUGAUGGGUGCAUAAAUAUGAGAGCUGCCAGUGUUGUGUGUAGACAGCUGAAUUGUGGGAUUGCUGUGUCUGUUGUGGGAGUGGACUGGUUUGGAGAGGGAUCUGGUGAGAGGUCGAUCAGGCUGGUUGGAUCUGGUGGAGAUUGUGCAGGGAGGCUGGAGGUUUUUCACAAAGGCUCAUGGGGGACAGUGUGUGAUGACUCCUGGGAUAUUAAAGAUGCUCAUGUGGUGUGCAGACAGCUGCAGUGUGGAGUGGCUCUCAGUGAUGUAUCAGCCUGGUUUGGUCCUGGUUCUGGACCCAUAUGGCUGGAUGAUGUGAACUGUGAGGGGAGUGAGACGUCUCUGUGGAACUGCUCUUCACUGGUCUGGGGAGAUCAUGACUGUAACCACAAGGAGGAUGUAGGAGUCGUGUGCUCAGAGUUUAAAGAACUCAGGUUAACUGAAGGCUGUGAAGGGAAUGUGGAGGUUUUCUACAAUGGAUCCUGGGGUAAUGUUUGCUGGAACCAAAUGGACAAAGACACAGCGAGACUGAUCUGUCAAGAGCUCAACUGUGGAAGAUCUGGUGUGCUCUCCUACUCUACAGCAAGGGUGUCAUCAGCUCAUAACUGGUUGGAUAAUGUUAAAUGUCGACGACAUGACUCAAAUCUGUGGAAGUGUAAAUCUUCCCCCUGGGGAAAGAAUUACUGUAGUCAAGAUGAAGUGGCUUAUAUCACAUGCUCUGAGAAUGAGAUUGAUGAAGAUCCUCGAAGUCAUCUGAAAUGUUUUACCUCGCCAUCUCCUCACCAGAGACAAUGCUCAAGUCAUGUUCCUCUCAGACUGAGUGGAGGUAAAGGCAGGUGUUCUGGGAGGCUGGAGGUGUAUCAUAACUCUGAGUGGGGUUCAGUCUGUGAUGAUCUGUGGGACAUCAGAGAUGCUCAGGUGGUCUGCAGGCAGCUGGGUUGUGGAGCAGCAUUGAGUGCUGAUGGGAAUGAAGCGUUUGGUGCUGGUGAAGGUGUUGUGUGGCUGAACAGAGUCGAGUGCAGAGGGACUGAGAUUCACCUGUGGGACUGUCCUCACGUCCUGAAAAACCACACUGACUGCUCACACAAAGAACAUGUUGAACUCAUCUGUGCAGAUUUGUCUGCACCCACAACUUCAGCCGCAACAACAACAACAGCUUCUCAUUCAGUUUCUCAGACUAACAGAAGUCCAGUUUCUUCAACAUUGGUGACUCGAGCACAAACUCCUCCAUCACCGUCUCUCUUCAUUUCUCCUGUGGUCGUGAUUGUUCUGGGAGUUUUGCUCUUACUGCUCUUAGUUUUGCUUUUACUCCUCUUGGUGUCACUGCUGAUGCUUAUUCAGCACAAUCGAUUGAUGAGGAAAGGAACGGAGGUUCACACUUCAUAUACAGAUCUCUUCAAGAGGAUACACUGGACUCAGACUGAUGCAGUUUAUGAAGAGAUUGAUCACAGACACACAAACCGACUAAAUCAUGUUGCUGAGAGAGGCAGUCUCAUCUCUGAAGAAAAGCGUUCUGGGUAUGAAGAUGCUGAUAAGCUUCUCUCGGUACAAGAAGAAAAGACUGAAUCUUAUGAUGAUGUUUCGAAUCGCAGUGACCUGAGAGAAGAGAUGGUGAAUAAAGCUGAAAACUAUGAUAUCAUUACCGAUGGACUGAAAACAUACAGUGAGACAGAAGACAAUCUUGAGAUGUAUGAUGAUGUCAUAUCCACAGGACAGAACUCUAGUCCUCAAAGUGGAGGAGUUGAGGAGGAUGAUGAUGUGAAGAAUGUCUGUGAAGAUGUGAGAAUCCUGUUAGUUAUCAGAAAGAUCUUCCAAGAAGAAAACAACAUCCAGGUGUUGACAGAGUGCGCCUUUGUGGUGUAUUGUCCCAAGGCUCUGGUUAUCCGCAAACACGUCCAGACACCAAGUGUGGUGGAGUGCAUGACGGUGAAUAAAUGGAUAAAUAGACAACAACACAAGUUUGACUUUUAUAGAGCAAACGACUGCAGCAAAACAGGUGGCCAUGUUUGCCCUGUCACAGGAAGAGGAAAAGCACACUUUGACCUGCGAUUACCUUCAGAGAACCGAAUCAGCACCUGGAUCACAAAGCAGGGCUGGAAGAGUUACUCUGCAGUCAGACUGGUAAAUGGUUCAGACUCCUGUUCUGGUCGAGUUGAGCGUCAGUAUUUAACUGAGUGGGGAACAGUGUGUGAUGGGUGCCUGAAUAUGAGAGCUGCCAGUGUUGUCUGUAGACAGCUGAAUUGUGGGAUUGCUGUGUCUGUUGUGGGAGUGGACUGGUUUGGAGAGGGAUCUGGUGAAAUCUGGGCUGAUGUGUUUGAUUGUCAGGGGAAUGAAACACAACUCUCACAAUGUUCAAUCUCUUCGUGGAGUCGAGCUGAAUACUCUCAUAAACAAGAUGUUGGAGUCAUCUGUUCUAAUUCCGCUCUCUCUCUUCAUGAUGGUGGUGUAAGGUUGUCUGGAGAGAGAGAGUGUGAGGGGGAGCUGGAAGUUUACAUUGAUCAGGUCUGGAGGAGAGUUCUGCUGGACUCAUGGAGUGUCACUGAAUCCUCUGUGGUCUGCAGACAGCUGGGCUGUGGCUCUGUGCUGAACUUCUCUGGCUCCUCUUCAUCCAGUGCUGAACACAGUCAUGAGUGUGUGAUGGGCUUCAAGUGCUCUGGGACUGAACAUCAUCUGAGGAACUGCAUCAGCUCUACUCAAACUCUCAACUGCCGCUCCAAACAACACCUGACAAUCACCUGCCUUGAUGAGAGGUGGAUCAGGUUGGUGGGAUCUGGUGGAGAUUGUGCAGGGAGGCUGGAGGUUUUUCACAAAGGCUCAUGGGGGACAGUGUGUGAUGACUCCUGGGAUAUUAAAGAUGCUCAUGUGGUGUGCAGACAGCUGCAGUGUGGAGUGGCUCUCAGUGAUGUACCAGUCUGGUUUGGUCCUGGUUCUGGACCCAUAUGGCUGAAAGAUGUGAACUGUGAGGGGAAUGAGACGUCUCUGUGGAACUGCUCUUCACGGGUCUGGGGAGAUCAUGACUGUAAACACAAGGAGGAUGUAGGAGUCGUGUGCUCAGAGUUUAAAGAGAUCAGGUUAAGUGAAGGCUGUGAAGGGAAUGUGGAGGUUUUCUACAAUGGAUCCUGGGGUAAUGUUUGCUGGAAUCAGAUGAACAGAGACACAGCGAGUCUGAUCUGUCAAGAGCUCAACUGUGGAAAAUCUGCCAGUGAACCCAGUUAUUCAGUUGGAUUGAGGUCAUGGAAUUGGUUGGAUGAACUUAAAUGUAGAUCACAUGACUCCACUGUAUGGCAGUGUCCAUCACCAGCCUGGGGACAGAAUAACUGUGAUGAAGAUGAAGUGGCCAACAUUACCUGCUCUGAGAAGGUGAUUGAUGAUGUUCCCCGGAGUCAUCUGACAUGUUCUACCACACCAUCUCCUCACUGGAGACAAUGUUCAAGUCAUGUUCCUCUCAGACUGCUUGCAGGUGAAGGCAGGUGUUCUGGGAGGCUGGAGGUGUAUCAUAACUCUGAGUGGGGUUCAGUCUGUGAUGAUCUGUGGGACAUCAGAGAUGCUCAGGUGGUCUGCAGGCAGCUGGGUUGUGGAGCAGCAUUGAGUGCUGAUGGGAUUGAAGUGUUUGGUGAAGGUGUUGUGUGGCUGAACAGAGUCGAGUGCAGAGGGACUGAGAUUCACCUGUGGGACUGUCCUCACGUCCUGAAAAACCACACUGACUGCUCAAACAAAAAACGUGUUGGAUUCAUCUGUGCAGGAGAUUUUCCUCGCAUAAAAUAUAGGAACCCAGUUCAGACAACACCAGUUACUCUCUUCAUUCAUCCAAUGGUUGUGAUUGUUCUGGGAGGUUUGGUCUCACUGCUCUUUGUUUUGCUCUUACUCCUCUUAGUGCCGCUGCUAAUUCUAAUUCAACACAAAAGAGUGUUGACUAGAGCUCUCUCUAAGAGGAGACACUGGACUCAGACUGAAGCAGUUUAUGAAGAACUUGAGCACAGACACACAAACAAACACUUCACACAGAGAGAGAGUCUCAUCUCUGAAGAACAGUAUUCUGGAUAUGAAGAUGCUGAUCAGCUUCUCUCAGCAAAAGAACACAAGAUUGAAUAUUAUGAUGAUGUCGCCAAUGGCAGUGACCUGAAAGAAGAGAUGGUGAAAAACACGACAGCAGAAUACUAUGAUGAUGUCAUCCCUGAUGGACUAAAAGCAGACAGUGAGACAGAAAACGCACUUGAGAAUUAUGAUGAUGUCAUCACCACAGGACAGAACUCUGAUUCUCAAAAAGACACACCAGAGACUUAUGAUGAUGUCAUCAUCCAUGGACAGAACUCUCAAUUUGUAAUUGGAGUUCAGGAAGAGUAUGAUUUAAAGAAUGAAAACGAAGAUGUGACAAACCAGUUAGAUUAUGAUGAUGUGAUGGAUGAGUCAAACAUUGUGGGCGGGACUGUGUGACUGAAUAAACACACCCACUUCCUCAUGCCAUGAAAUCAUGUUGUUGCUACAGGAUCUUGAUACAAUCUGUUAAGUUACAUAAGUGUCAUACAACUUAUUCAGAUGCGCAAUAGUAACUACAGAAGUGUUUUUAUGUUUAAACAGCUUUGUACUAAAAGAGACUGAACAAUUGAAACAAGAAUGAAUUUAAAUGAAUAUUAUCAAUGCUUUUUAGAAAUAAAUGAGAAAACAUAAAAUGCUGGAAAUGUGUAAAGAAAUAAAAAUAUCGAUUGCAUUUUAAAUUUUA